AUGGGAAAUUGUUUCUUACAGGAGGAAGAAAAGAAUUAGAAAUCUUCAAUAAAAAAAGUAGAUAGCUUUCUUGCAUAAUAAAUGGAGAAAAGGAAUGAAAAGUCAAAAGUGACUUUGAAAGAUUUUUUAAGUCAAGGUGAAAUAGGAAGAGGUAAAUUUGGGAAGGUUUUAAGAGUGAAAAUGAAAGGGAAAGACAAUCGAGAAUAUGCAAUGAAAGUUAUUAAAAAAGCUGAUAUCUUGAAAUAUGGACUUGUGGAGCAUACUAUGCUAGAAAAGAAUGUGUUGGGUGCAAGUAAGAAUCCAUUUGUUGUGAAAUUGAAAUACUCAUUUUAAACUGAGCAAAAGCUUUAUUUAGUGAUGGAAUUUAUUAAGGGUGGUUAAUUAGCUAAAGUAUUAAGAAAAAGAUAAUAGGGAACAUUUACAGAGGAAUAAACUAAAUUUUGUGCAGCUGAAAUAAUAUUAGGUUUGGAAUAUAUGCAUCAUACUCUAAGAGUAAUAUAUAGAGAUUUGAAACCAGAGAAUGUGAUGGUCACUGAAGAAGGACAUUUAAAAUUGGCUGAUUUUGGACUGUCCAAAUAAUAUGAAAAUGAAGAAGCUAAAUUCUUUACUCUUGCAGGGACACCAGAGUACUUGGCUCCAGAGAUUUUAUUUAAUUAAGGCCAUAAUCACAUGGUUGACUUCUGGUGUUUAGGAAUUCUAAUUUAUGAGAUGUUAGUUGGUUACACUCCGUUUUGUGAUGAUCAAGGAAACCAUAAAACAAUAGAAAAUAAUAUCAGAAAUGGUUAGAUUAUAUAUCCAAAGUUCAUGAGUGAGUCAUCCAAGAAUAUAGUGGAUAGAUUAUUGAAUAAAGAUCCAACAUAAAGACUUGGUGCAAAAUCUAUUUAAGAGAUUAAGGAUCAUAGUUUCUUUUGUGAUAUUAAUUGGGAAUAGCUCUAUAAUUUAUAAAUCCCAUCUCCAAUAUUAGAAAAUACCCAUGUUUAUCCGCAAGUUAAGAAAGAUUAGUUUGGUAAAAGAAUCUAUGAAACACCUUCAUCGCAUUUUAUUGAAACAAACGGUGAUUUCAAUGGUUUCUCUGCAGCUUAAGAAUGA